AUGAAUGUGGUUCGUGCACCAUACUUUCAUCGUCAUCUUUCUAAGGGAGGUAAGAAACUUUCUAAGGGUAGAUACUUAGACGUUGGUUGUGGUGGUGGUCUAUUGACUGAAGAGAUGGCAUCAACCUACGGCUAUAAUAUCACUGGUAUUGACAUCAGUGAGGCCUCCUUACAGCAGGCACGCCAACAUGGACGUGAUAUUCCUAAUCUACACUAUCAAGUUGGAUCGGUAUAUGAUAUACCAUUCCCCGACAACUCCUUCGAUGGCGUUAUCAUAUCCGACGUCCUCGAGCAUCUUUUGGACCUUCAAGGAGCCUUGACUGAAAUCUUUCGAGUAUUGAAGCCCGGUGGUGUGCUCGUAUUCGACACCAUAUCUCGGACCAUGAAGAGUUACGUUUUACUAUGGUUGAUAUCACAAGAGCUCCUCCAAGUACGAGAGCCCUCGUCCGCUUCCCAGUUUGAUUAUCGUGUUCAGAUCAUGUAUCAGGGUGCCCAUGAUUGGAGAUUGUUUAUAACUCCACAGGAAAUGACUCACUUGCUAGCCAACACCGGGUUCAUUCUGAGUAAGUAG